AUGUGUUGUUUUCAGAGCCCUGAGAAAUCCCCCGGAGUCGCAAGCAGCGGCGGGGAAAUCCUGAGCCUCUCUCAGUCUCAGCGCAGCGGAUCCCGAGAAAGGGAAGCGGCCCUCCCCGCCCCGGCCGCCCGCCGCGGCGCAGCCCCGCGCCCAACCCCGCCCCCGCCCCCUGCAGCUUUCGGUGCCUUCAGGACCGCGACCCCCUCUUCGCGAAACAGGCGUGUGUUUGCCCGAAGUCCGGCGGCCGGGCGGGUAAGGGAAGGCAUGCAGGGGGCUGGGUCGGUUCAGCUCCGAGAGCCUGCGUCGGGGGCGGAGGACCGCCGGCUGCAAGCACACCGCCGCGCGCCCAGGGGGCGCUGUGAGCCAGCUGGAGGCACGUGA